CAGACCUUCAAGGGAGGCGUGACAACGAUGUGAUUUCGAAGGUAUGGCAAUGCGAGACUAUACUCAUAGCAAUCCCUCAUUGCUCAAUCAGAAGAUGCUCAAUUGCAGGAUGAUCAUAUCAGAUUUCUUGAUCCAACAUCCUCUCACUCUGUAUCUCUUACAGCCAGUAGACAUGGAGGAUGGGAAGCCUGAUCUGCUGCUGGUCAAAGAGGAGACAAUAGAAGACGGACCAAAGAGCAUUGAUCUGCUGAGUGGAGUAAAGAUGGGGGAGCAAGGUGAUAGGGUGGAAUCUAACAGAGGAGACUGGGUGGCCAUCUUGGAUUCCCAGACGGGUGCAGCCAAGGGCCUGGGGGACGACAUCACUGAGCAGGCCAGCACCAGAGGCGACAUAGUGGAGUCUGCAGUCCAUGAAGACCUGCUGAUAUCUGGUGUUGCUUGCAGGAGAGACUGGACCUCUGAAGUGGCUGAUCACAAACCUUGGAACAGAACUCUGGAUCAGAAGCUGUCGCUCUUCCUUCCCGAGUCGGAACCAGGACUGAACCACGAGGUACAGAGACUCCACCACAACCACCACACAGAAGACAACCAGUGGACAGGUGGACUGAGCAACCUCAGUCCUGGUGGUCAUCAGAGAGACAGAGGCUCCAGUCAGGGAUCCAGUCUGCAGCCCAGACCCUUCUCUUCACAGUCUCAGUGCAGGGAUGAAGCAGGGCCUGAUAGAGAUAGACCCUCCUGUUCCUAUGAUAUAAACACCACAGUAUCUAUGAUGAACAGAGCAGGUCACCCUGGGCUUCAGCCUUCACAGAGAGUGGUGGGAGACCCCCCAGGUGGUAGUCUAACAGGAAGUCUGUCUUCUCCUUCAGGAUCUCGUCUAAUGCCUGGUGACUGGGUUCAUAGAAGGCCUAGGUCUAGCUUUCUUCAGUUACCUCAUAGUUACCCCACCAAUACAGACAGGGUCAGGAUGGGCGUUCACCACAAGAAGCACCUAGCCUAUAACACAACACACAAUCCAAACAGCACCCAAACAAUGGCUAGAGGUCAAGGAGGGAGCUCAAAGCCUAACCACCUGACGGUGGUGGCUUCUGCUUCUACCUCCUCUGGUGUCAUUGGGACACAACAUGGGAGGCCGAGCAUUAGGCCGGAAGAUGACAAGUCAUACGCCUGCCCCACGUGUGGGAAGCGCUUUGCAAAAGCAAACUAUGUGAAUGACCACCAGACCGUUCACACCAAAGAGAGGCCCUUCAAGUGCAAACUAUGUUACAAGAGCUUCUCCUUCCAGAGUAACCUCAUCAGACAUAGGAGUGUUCACAAUGUGGAGAAAUCAUAGCAGUGUGGCUUGAGAUGUACACAGGAUAUCUGGGAGCCAUUCUUUAGCUGACAGUUUUUACACUGCUGCUACUCGUUGUUUGUUAUCUAUGCAUAGUCACUUUACAAAUUACCUCGAUUAACCUGUACCCC